AUGUCCGGUUUCGAAGUGGUCGGCAUAGUUCUGGGAACACUUCCCCUGCUUGUAUCAGCUCUCGAGACUUACAGCAAGUUCAUGCGGGACUGGGGCAAAGCCCCAUCGGAGCUCAGGAGCCUCAAUCGUCAGCUUACUACUGAGCGAGCUAAAUUGUACAACGUCUGUGAUCUGCUCAUCAGCGAUGCUGUUCCACAUCAGGACAUUGAGCCAAUGUUGUUGAACCCGUUUGGGCCGCUGUGGAAGGCUACAGAUACCAAUGACAAAAUUCGACGGAGGUUAUGGGACGCCUACAAGCCGUUUGAAGAAACAGUUAUAGAAGUGGAAGAAGCUCUUCAAAGUAUCAUGCAGCGGUUAAGAGUGCAAGUCUCUGCAGAUGGGGAGGUCGAAUGGAUGAGCAAGGGAAAGAUCACUCGUGAUUUCAAGAAGUUACUGUAUCGCAUCAACAGAGAAGAUUACAAUGACUCUCUAUCCACCAUCUCCAAAGGCAUUAGCGAUCUUGAAACGCUCAUUCGGUUAAGCAUCCAUCUUGAACCGAGUCGGAGGAAGCAAUCACGUGGAAAGCUUUUCAAAACUCUUCGGGAUCUCUCAACGAGCAUAUAUCGGGCACUCUCUUCCAGUAUAAUCUGCACAGGCUCACACGAUGUCAGUCUCGAACUCCAGCCGAGACUUAUCGAAUUCGGACAUGAAGAGGAACAUGAAAAGGUGUUUCGUGAUGCGCAAUUCAAAGUGGCGAUCUCAUUCGAAAUCGUUAGAGGUCCAGCGACCAAGCGAUUCUGGGAUGAGGUCAACAUCAAGACUGCGACACCAGUAGCGGUAGUGCAAUCUCAGCUGCCCAUACCAGAGGUUCAAACUCAAAGCUUGAAACGAGUCUCAUUUGGACUGAAGCAGACAUUAUCGCUUAGAACCUCGACCAAAUCUCACGAUAUGAAAUCAGCCAUGGCCAUAUUCAGCCGUCCUGCAACCGACAUAGCGUUCAUCAAAACUUGUCAGGACGAAAACGAAAAGGUGGCACAAAAACCUCUCAAUCUAUGCACAGCUCUUAUAAAAGCUAGAGAAGCGCGCCCUGUCUGCUACGGCCAUCUUGUUGAUGCCCAGUGCACCAAUCGACUAUUUCAAGUUUACCCGCUAGGUACAACAGCCAACAGUGAUGACUGGUCAAUAGUUACUUUAGACGACGUGCUUGAGGGAAAGAAAGGUCUUCGACCAUUGGUUUCGCUGGCUGAGAAAGUUCGACUUGCACUUACUAUCGCGUCAAGUGUACUCCAGCUCAGCAAAACACCAUGGCUUCCAGAGGCUCUGACACGAAGAAACGUACAUUUCUUCAGACGUGAUGACAAUUUCUCGUACAGAAGCCCAUUUCUCCUCAGACAAUUCCCGGUACGCCCACUUGAACCUCUACAAAUUGCAACUCCAUCCGCAAAAUCAGGAUGUUUGCCACUGGUCAAUCCAACCCUGUUCGCAUUAGGGAUUCUCUUACUAGAGAUCAUCACGGGAUCUUCAUUUGAAAAACAACAAUCCUCAGAAGAGCAAGCUAUUUCCGGUGAUUACGACGGUAUUAUCCGCGCCUCGAUUGCAGCGCACAGAUUGUUGGAACAGAGGGUGGCACUGAUCAACCCCGUCUACAAGGCCGUAGUGCAACGGUGUAUAGACUGCACCGAGUCCAGUGGCCUAGACGAAGACAGUUUCAGGCAGGAGGUCUACAAUGAUGUUGUCAUGCAGCUUGAAGCUAUCCUGGAGUCUACAAAGCUUGGAAUUUAA